CGCAUUUUGAAUCAAUCUAUUUAUGCCGACAAUGAAAAUGGCGGAUAAAACAAUACUGGUGACUACUGUUUACUUGUGCGCCAUAACAAAAUGAUAAGGGACGCAUUAUGGCACCAUUUGAGAGUAAAGUGCAAUAUUUAGAUGAUACUGAUCCUUUUAAUAGUACAAGUUUUCCCGAGCCUUCUAGACCACCAACCUAUGUUUUUAGAGAAAACUUAGCAAUAUGCUCCCAAAUACCUGCAAUUCACCGACUAUUAAAAGCACCCCAUAAUAUUGAGGAUUGUGUUCUUCAACUAUCCCAUAAUGGUAAUUAUUUGGACUUAGAAGUAUCUAUAGAAGAACAAGAUGAGCUCUUGGAUGGAUUUAGGGAAAGUCGCAAGAACACAAUCAUUCUGAGAACUCAGCUCUCUGUACGUGUCCAUAAUAUUAUAGCAAAAUUGUUGACAGCAACUGGACGUGAUUUAAGAAGAGCACUUUUUUCUUUGAAGCAAAUUUUUCAGGAUGAUAAAGAUCUUGUACACGAGUUUGUUACAAAUGAUGGACUUAGUUGUCUUAUUACUGUUGGUACUGAUGCCGACCAAAACUACCAAAAUUACAUUUUACGUGCUAUUGGUCAAAUCAUGCUUUAUGUUGAUGGUAUGAAUGGUGUGAUAGAACAUAAUGAUACAAUACAAUGGCUUUAUUGUUUACUUUCAUCUAAGUAUCGGUUGGUUCAAAAAACUUCACUGAAAUUGCUGCUUGUUUUUGUUGAAUACACAGAAAGCAACUCUUUAUUAGUUUGGAAAGCUGCCCAAUCAGUAAACCAAGGUGAACUACCUAUGAAAGGCAUAAUUGAUAUACUUAAAGAAUCAGAAGGGAAUAAUAUAGAUGAAGAUUUGCUUGUAUAUUCUCUUACACUUGUUAAUAAAGUUUUGUAUGGUAUUCCUGAUCAAGACAAUUUUUAUAAUGUUGUUGAUGCUCUAGAGAAACAGAGUAUGCAAGUUAUAUGUCAUAAAUUAAUUAAUCGAACACCAAAAAACAAUGAACUUGUUGAACAAUGUAAUAUUUAUGAGUUAUCAAUUAAAGCUGAAGAUGAAGAUGUACCAAAGAAUCUUAAUAUUCCUGGUGGUGUUAGAACAAAAAGGAUUUCGAAAUCUCCUGAUGGACGAAGAAGCAUUCGACAUUCUUUUACAACGAGUGCUCCAAACCUUUUGUCUAAACCAUUUGAAAAACAAAAUGCGCAUAAAGAAGCAGAGGAAGAUAGAAGUAAAAAGUUGUCGAGUGAUCGAAAUCUAAAAGUUGAAAAUAAUGCAUCUUCAAAAUUUAGUGGUGUGCAGGAUAAAAUAGAAGAAAGUGCUACCAAAGUCACAACAAAAAUGGGACAUAUUGACAAAGAAAUGCCUUCAAAGCCAGUACAUUUAAUGCAGAAUGGUCAUUCUAAUGUUCAGAGAGGUGUUGGUAAACUUAAUACACCUGUUAUUGAAGAAACUCGAAUACCUCGUUUAAACUUGAGUGAAACUUUUGAUUUAAAAGACCAAGAUGAAAUCAGACCUUCACUACGAGAUCGUUUAGCUGAGCGGCAAAAACAGAAAAAUGAUAGGUUGCAUUCUGAUUCUGAUCCCACUUCUAUAGGAGUAGUAUCACCAUCAAAGUCAUCAAAUCAAGAAGAGUUUGAUUACAGUCGGAAAACUAGUAACACAGAGGCUGAUGCAGAGAAUCGGAGAGAGUUGUUGCGUAAGAUGUAUAAUGCAUCUAUUGAUAAAAAUGAUCAUGAGGCACCAGAUAUUAAAAAUUUAAGUAUAAGUGAAUCAUUAGCUGAACGCAAAGCUAUGUUGCACAAUGAAAAAAUUGAAGAAGAGGUUGAAGAUAAAAAGGUUGAACUUGAUAGUUUAAAAGGAAACAUUCAAACUCAAACUAACAAACUUAGAGCUGAAACUGAAAAACAAGAAAAAGAAAAAAAAGAAGAAAAGUCCAGUUUUUUCAAUAAAGUUAAAUCUGCAAUUAGUGUAAAACCUCCUCAGGAAUCUCCUCAGGAUACAAUGAAUAAUAAAGCACUUAGAUCUUCAGAAGAAAUUGAGUUAGAAAGCAAAGUUUUACGGACUCGAAAAUUAUGUAUAUUAGAAUAUGAUUUUACAGACUUAAAUGAGGCUGACGAUAAUGAUUUUUUAGGAACUCCACCAAAAUCUAUGACAGUUAUGUCAGUUGAUGGAGGUCCUCCACUCCCUCCCCCUCCACCAGGAUUUGGUGCACCUCCACCACCUGGAAUGUUUCCUCCUUUACCACCUGGAAUGGGUCCUCCACCUCCACCCCCAGCUCCAGGUAUUCCUGGUCCUCCAAUGCAUGGGGAUUUGAGCAAUCAAAAAGGGCAUGAUCGGAAAUAUGUUCGUCUUUUUUGGCAAGAAAUAAAACCUGGGACUUUGCAACAAGGAAUGGACAAGACAAUAUGGGCUUCUAUUGCACCAGUUGAAGUUGAUACUAAAAAAUUGGAGCAUUUGUUUGAAAAUCGUGUGAAGACUAUGACAAAACAAGACUCCAUAAAUGAUAAAGUUGUUAAAAAGGAGAUAUCUGUUUUAGAUUUAAAACGUGCACAAGCUAUCAAUAUAGUCUUAACUAAACUGCCUCCUGUACGAGUUAUUAAACAAGCAAUUCUAGAUAUGGAUGGUGCUGUUAUUGAUCGUGAUGGUAUUGAAAAAAUUAUGGUAAUGAUUCCAACUGAUGAAGAAAAAACAAAAUUACAAGAAGCACAAAUUCAAUUUCCUGACACACCUUUUGCUCAUGCAGAAAACUUUUUAAUGACACUAUCUUCUAUAACAGAACUAUCAGCUAGGCUUAAUUUGUGGAGUUUUAAAAUGGAUUAUGAAACUAAUGAAAAAGAAAUUGGUGAAGCAUUAAGUGAUUUGAAAUGUCUUUGCGAAGAAGUAAAAAAAAGUGAUACAUUUAAGAAAAUACUUGGUCUGUUGUUGUCUGUUGGAAAUUUUUUAAAUGGUGUUAAUAUCAAAGGUUUCAAUCCGCAAUACCUAGAAAAAGUUCCUGAAGUUAAAGAUACUGUACAUAAGCAGACCCUACUUUUUCAUAUAUGUACCAUGGCUAUGGAAAAGUACCCAGACUCCUCAGAUCUUUAUAGUGAAUUUGGAUCAUUGCAUAGAGCAUCCAGGUGCGAUUAUGACAACAUAUAUCAAUUACUUAGAAAGCUUGAUGAUAUGUGUAAGAAAUCUUGGGAGUAUCUACGAUUAAUUGCCAAGCAUGACAGUUCUUCACCUCUAAAACAAAAGCUAACAGAUUUUUUGGGUGAUGCAGGAGAGAGAAUUGCUAUAUUAAAAGUUGUUUAUCGUAGGGUUUCAAACAGAUUUACAAAGUUACUCAUGUAUUUGGGUAUGACUCAUCGCAAUGCCAAAGAAUUAAAGCCUCACUCGUUUUGUAAGAUUCUCAGUGAGUUUUCACUUGAAUAUCGUACUGUUCGUUUACGUGUUUUGGAAACAAAAAAGCGUAAGGAAAAUCAAAGAAAGCGUACGAAGACAAGAGGAAAACUUAUUACUGAGUCUGAAAACUUCUCUGGUGCUACAUCUGCAAUUCCAAUUCCCAAUGAAAAUAAAACCGAAGGUGAAGAAAAAAUGCAUCUCUUGUCUAAAGCUAUUACUGAGGGUGCUGAUCCUAGUUCUCUUUCCCCUACAAAAGGACGUUUUCGAAAAAAAGUUGGAAGCAAUAAUAACUUAGAUAAACUUAUAAACUCGUCAGGAUUAAGUGGAAGUAUAAGCAGUUAUGAUACCGAUGACCAAACUGAUCAAAUGAUGGAUAUGUUAGUUAAGUCCGCUACUGCUGGAGAGAAAAAGUCUCGCAUACGUAAAAAUCGUGCAAAGGAUGCCAAGUCAACUCGCAAAUCAGUUCGUAGAACACUAAACAACGGUUUGUCACCAGAGGAAAUGAAAGUGUUGCAACAACAAGCAAUGGAAAUGGAUGAUGAAUAGUUUUCAACGCUUUAGUAACAAUUUCUACCGCAAUUUGGUAGUGUUUGUAUGUUAUAAAUACUUUUAUAUAUGUAAAUAAUAUUAUUUCGUUUAAAUCAGAUUUACUAUUAACGUCUUUCUUAAAUUGAAAAAUAGAAAAUGAAAAACUAACAGCUUUUAAAGAAUUUUUGUAUUUUUCUGUUUGAGUUUCGUUUUAUUUUUACACAUUAUUUUUAUAUUCAAAAUUUUUAAUUAUUCUUUUUAAUGUGAAGAAUCAAAUUCUGUUUUUAAAUAUUUCUAUGCAAUUUUUUUAAACAAACACAUUUAAUGACUUGUUUUUUUGUUUUUUUUUUCCCUAUCUUUUUAUUUAUGAAACAGAUGUUUUUUCAAAUGCGCUGUUUUUUUUUAACGAAACGCGUUUCUACAUAUAUGACUUUUCUUUACAACUAUUUCAAAUGUAAAACGAUUUUUUAUUUUUUUUCUAUAAUUAUUAUUUUUUUAAUGAUUUCGUGUGAAUAGGGUUCAUAUUUCUGAAAUAAAAUUAUUGAAAGAAA